ACCUUUUCAAGUACUUCCUCGAGAUGUGAUUCUGUUCGGACUUCUUCGUCUGAUGGUUUUGUGGGGAUAUUCGGAGCGUUGGCGAACUGUGAAUAGGUGUGGAAUAGCGACUCUGUCUGCAUCCCUCGUUAGCUGGUCAUGGCCGAUAAGUCCGCGGGGAGUGAGUGUCGGACCUGGAGCUCGAGAGCGCGUGCUUGCUGGCGCAGUUGUGCCCAUCCUCCACCGGUCGAGGACAUGGUUUAUUGUUGCAGAACUUCAAAAGUUGAAAGGCGGGCAGUUAGUUGUGAGUGCACUCACGGGACGAUGCAACGACACAGCCACGAGGAUGUCGGCAGGUCGGCGCCAGCCAAGGAAGGCACGGCCAAGGAAGGCACGGGCCACCCACCCCCGUUAGCGAGCCCGCUAGAUUCGCACACUCGAUCGAAAACCUUCUGAACGACGACACGCGAUAGCCCAUUCCCACACCACCCGGUCAUACUAACCACACAGACACCAUGUCGUCCAAAGUCAAGACCGCUACCCUGUGGAAGAAGUCCAAGGAGGAUUUGAGCGCCCAGCUCACCGAGCUCAAGUCCGAGCUCAUCCAGCUCAGGACUAGCAAGGUCACCGGUGGCUCCACCAAGCUCACCCGCAUCCAUGAUGUCCGCAAGGGCAUUGCUCGCGUCCUGACCGUCAUCAACGCCAACCAGCGUGCACAGCUCCGCCUCUUCUACAAGGGCAAGAAGUACACUCCCCUCGAUCUCCGAUCCAAGAAGACGCGCGCCAUCCGCCGAAGGCUCACCUCGCACGAGGCCUCGCUCGUCACCGAGAAGCAGAAGAAGAAGCAGACCCACUUCCCCCAGCGAAAGUACGCCGUCAAGGCAUAAGCGGGCGAUGAUGGUUGUUUCUUUACGUUUAUCAAUGAAGCAUUGCAUGGCCGGGGCUUUUCCAGCUAGCACGAUCCAAUGUACCCUUAUACCAUCGUAGAGUGGGAGGGCAGGCGAUGUGGUGGCGGGUCUUUAACGGGGCGAUCUUCUACGGGAAUGGGAUGGCGUCCAUGUCAAGAUCAAUGAAACAAAAAGUUCAUACCACCUGGAUCGGAGUU